AAAACUAUUUUUUUUAAAGAAAAAAAAAAACUAAAACUAUAUAUAAAUAAAAAUGAGUGAAACAGCAAUCUUUAAUGCAACAGGUCAAGUUUUUACAUAUAACCCACAAGUUAGAAAUUGGGUACCAUCAUCCAAUGUCCCAGCCACUCUUCAAAUGUAUUAUAAUUCAUCAGCAAACACUUAUAGAGUUAUUGGUAGAGCAGGUGACGAUCCAAAUAACUUUUUAAUUAAUUUUGCAGUUAAAAGUGAUGUAGUUUACAGCAGAGCAUCAGAGGUUUUCCAUCAAUUCACCGAUCAAAGAACCCACUUUGGUAUUAAUUUCACCAGUAAACCAGAUGCUGACACUUUUGGAGGAGGUUUCGAAAAAGUUUUAGCAACUCUUAAAGGUGGAGCACCACCAGCAAUGAAACCAGCUGCACCACCACAACAACCAGCACCACAAAGACCAGCCUCAACCACAAUUGCCAAGCCAGUAGCUCCAGCUGCCCCAGCUGCUCCAUCUCAACCACCAGCUGCUCCAGCUCCACCAGCCCCACCAGCUCCACCAAAACCACCAGGUCCACCACCACCACCACCAGCUGCUGGUGCUCCAAAACCAGCAUCUGGUGCCGGUAGAGGUGCCCUUUUAGGUUCAAUUGAAAAUUUCUCAAAGAAUGGUUUAAAGAAAACUGUCACUGUCGAUAAGAGUAAUCCAUUAAUUGGUAAUACACCAGCUGCACCAGCUCCAUCAAGUGGUGGCUCAACCCCAGCUAGUGGUGGCUCAACUCCAGCUGCUUCUACACCAAAAGUUUCUAGCGGUGGUGGUGGUGGUGAUUUAAUGGCUGAAGUUAUGGCCAAAAGAGCCAAAAUGAAGGCCGCUGCUGCUCAACCAAAAGAAGAAUCAACCCCAGUUAGAGAUACACCAGCUCCAGCUCCAACUCCAUCACAUUCAUUUAACAAACCAUCAACUGCUCCAUCAUUCAAUAAACCAUCUAAACCAGCAGCCCCACCACAAUCUACCAAACCAAGCCUUUCACCAUCAUCAACCGCCUCACCACCAUCAACUGUAGCAAGCGAAGAUUUACAAUCACUCAAAGAAGAGAUUUUAGCUGAAGUAAGAAAGGAAUUAAAAGCAAUGAAAGAUGAAAUCCUCGAAGCUAUCAGAAAUUCACACUAAAAAAAAUAAAUUAAAAUAAAAAAAUUAUAUAUAUAAAACAUAAUAUGAAAAAUAACACUCACAUUUAAAACACUUAUCUAUAAAUAUAAAAUAUACAUACAAAAUCAACAUUAAUCUUUUAUAUAUUUAUAAAAAAAAAAAUCAAAUAAUAAAAAUCAAAUAAUAUAUAUUUAUUAGUUUAUUAUAUAUAUUUAAAAUU